CGCAGAUGCUCCAUACAUUUCCAUUCAUUAGCGACACGGUGGAGAAUGUGGCAAGGUCAUGUGGCAGGAGAGCUGCGUUUGUAUGUGUACAUAUGUGUGGAGCAAUUGUGUUGGCAGAGGUAUUUCAGGCGCAUGGUUGGGAGUGACAGACUCACAGGGAGCAGAUAAAGAGAGAGAGAGGAGAAGAGAGGGGGAGAGUCUUCUCAGCUGGUCUGAUUCUCUCUCAGCCUACACACACAUCCUGGGCUCAGUAAUGUUGAACACGCUGCGAGAGUGAGCUCAACCUUCCUCACACACUCUGCCAUCACCUGCCCGAGGACACAGCACCACACACACCCGGCCAUCAUGGAGGAGGCUGGUCUGCUGAAGGAGAGGCUCCAGGCCAUCACGGACAAAAGGAGAAUCCAGGAGAACAUCGCCAAGAAAAGGAGAGAGAUUGAAGAGGAGAAAUUAAAACUCCAGUACAUAAAGAAGAAGGCCCUGAGGGAGCAGUGGCUGAUGGACGGUCUGAGUCAGCAGCAGGAGGAGCAGGAGGCCAUGAGGCUGCAGGCUGAGGACGAGCAGCAGCAGAGCGACCAGCUGCAGAGCAACAUCCUCAGAAUAGAGAAGGAGGUCGAGGCGUUGGAAACACAGGAGCUCGACAUCUCGGCCAAUGAGGAAGCAGUUCUGAAACGGUUAAAAGAAGUGGAGAGGACGGCUGAGGAUAUAAUAAAGGAGCUCAACGCAGACUUCCAAGCAGAUGUGAUGCGUAAUGCCUCCUCGCCACUCCAAGAUUUACCAUUCUUCUACCCUCCAAUACCAACAAGAAGCCCAGCUAUACAUAGGCCUGGUAGUGAGGAACCAAAAAAAGCCACGUUUGCGAUGGAGAUCAGUGUGGAGCAUGAUAAGAGAACAGGCAAAAGUCAGGUGGUCUCUACUGCCACCAUCACCCCAGAAAGCCUCCAGGAGAGGGGGUUAAAGGUCUAUGAAGAUGGCCGCAAGUCAGUAUAUGCAUUGCACCCAGAUGGAGGCAAAAUGCCCAGUGGAUUAGUUGGAGAGAUGACGCCCAAAGAGGUGGAAGAGCUUCUGCAUCAAGCCGCAGAUAGCAACGUUCCCACUGGGGUGCAGUACCAUCAGCCGGUCUACUCUGCACCUUACACAGAGAGCAGGCCUUCAACACCCAGGACGCCCAAUCAAACACCGAGAGAAACCCCAACCCCAACACCCAGGACGCCCAAUCAAACACCGAGAGAAACCCCAACACCCUUCCAGAGCUCAGCCGGGAAUGAAGCUGAAAUCCUCAAAGAAGAAAGCCAGCACAGCCAAGACCUGGAGGGAUGGACCACCCCGAAAACACCCAGCCCUAUCCAACAAGACUCAAGAACUGGAGAGGAAACCAAGCUGCCCUUCUGCCACAUUCCAGGACAAUCGUUGGGUGACAGGCCUCCGAUUUCAAAGCCACAGUUUGGAGCUCAAACUCCACGAGGACUCACCAACAGGAAGACGGAUGCGGGCAGUCCAAAGACCCCGUCUCUUGUCUCAGUCAAAGCCAGAUCUGAAGGAAUGCCUACAACCGUUCAGCCGUUCUACAUGGAUGUCGAUAUCCGUUGUCCUUCAGUAGCCAGCGGUCUGCUGGGUGACACCGAUGGCUUUUUAGAGAGCUCUAGUGAAUUUGACAGACUUUCCCCCUUCUGUUCAGAGAGUAUCGAGUCUCUGAACUUCACCAACAAACUGCCAGAGGAGCUGGAAUCAGAAUCGGUCACUAUGAUCUUCAUGGGUUACGAGAACGCGGACGAAGACGAGGAAGACAUCCAGGCUGAACUGGUGGUCAUCGGAAACAGCGAUGACGAUAGCGAUGAAGAGGCCCAAUGUAGUCCUAAAGAAAGGACCGAGGAGUGUCUCUCAUACCACCCAGAGGGAUACAAGAGCCAGGUCUUCCAACCCAAAAUGGAAAAAGCCAAUGUUACCGGCCGCAGAGACAUUAUUGAUGAUGCCUACUCAGACUGGGAUGAUUUAGGGCUCCACAAGCCCACAUUCAUCCACAAGUCUGGGAAGCCAAGUCCCUACCCGCUGGGGCAUAGCGGGGACACGGCAAACACAGGCAGCAUCAAUAUGGAGGAAAUGAAGCUCUGUUCAACAGGAAGAUGAGAAGGAAGAUUACCACUUCCUGAGAAACUGGGUCAUUGAAGAGGAAAUGUAGGAGAAUAAUUUAAGUGAUUCCUGUUUUUUUUUCUUACAAUAGGUUUGAAGAUAUCUCAGCCUUGCUCCUAACCUUCCUCUUGUUGCAUUUAUUGUGAAAAGCCUUACCUUGCCAUAGUUUGCCUCUAAUAUUGGUGUGACUGCAGCACUUUGCCAAAGAUAUUUAUGCUGCAGGAAGCCAAAGUAAAUCUUUAAAGAUGUCUUGUGACCAUAUGUAUGUGGAUAUCCAUCUUGUUCUGGGCCUUUUAAUUCUUGGCCGUUAACCUCAAAUAAAUCUUAACAUUUUUGGAAAAAGUGUUGUUCCAGCUUUUUGUCAACAUAGCCAGCUUCAGAAAUGGUGUCCACAGUUAUUUGUGGUUACUGUAAGUGGUGGGAGGCUGUGGCUCAGUGGAUAGUGUGCUGGACUUCGAAUAAGGAGAUAGCAAGUGCGAGUCCCACUGCA